GGAAACGACACAAUGCCACAGAGAGCAAUCGAUACGGAAACGCAGAGAAAAACUGAAAAAUUCUCAGAGGAAAAAAGCGAGAACGAUCGUUAGAAAAGUGAAAGAAGAAGAAGAAGAAGAAGAGUGUAUGUGAACGACGGAGUGGCGACGAGAAACACUGAAGGAGAGACGCUCAACAGCCGUCUCCAACUCUUUCUUUUCUCUCUGUUUCCAAGUCUUGAAGGAAUUUUCGGAAGUAAGGAAGAACUAAUGGCGGCUCGAGCUGUUGCUCCGCAGCAACCACUACGAAUCAGAGGUGAAGGUAAGCCGAAGAUGGUAGAGGCUGAAGGAAGAACAAGGCGAGUUCUUCAAGAUAUAGGGAAUCUGGUGCCUGAUCGAGCCGUGGAAGGGAAACCCGGCCCUCAACCUGCCGAGAAGAACAAGAAAGCGAUCACUCAAAAGCUGGGUGGGGGAGUAGGAAAGGGAGGCGAUGUGGCGGCGAAGGCUACAGUAAUUGAGAAAUGCAAAGCUGAGAAACCUAAGACUGUACUCAGCUCCGCCGAUAGGAGACAUAUAAUCAACAUCAGCGAUAGUAAAUCAAGGGAUAAGAAUAAGAGAACUCUGACUUCAACUCUUAGUGCCAGAAGCAAGGCUGCCUGUGGGCUCAACAAUAAUCCACUGGAUUCAGUAGCUAAUAUUGAUGAAGCAGAUGCUAACAAUGAAUUGGCAGUUGUUGAAUACAUCGAUGAUAUGUACAAGUUCUACAAGCUUGCAGAAGAUGAAAACACAGUGACAGAUUACAUGGGAACACAGCCAGAUUUGAAUGCCAAGAUGAGGUCCAUCCUCAUAGAUUGGUUGAUUGAAGUUCAUCGCAAGUUUGAACUAAUGCCAGAAACCCUCUACCUCACUGUCAACAUUGUAGACCGAUUCCUUUCCUUGAAGACUGUGCCAAGGAGAGAGCUUCAAUUAGUAGGAGUCAGCUCUAUGCUGAUAGCAUGCAAAUAUGAAGAGAUUUGGGCCCCAGAGGUCAAUGAUUUUGUGAGUAUAUCUGCAAAUACUUACCAGAGAGAACAGAUUUUGGUGAUGGAGAAAGUAAUCUUAGGGAAGUUGGAAUGGCUUCUAACAGUUCCUACACCCUAUGUUUUUCUUGUUCGAUACGUCAAGGCCUCUGAGCCGUCCGAUGAGGAGAUGGAGAACAUGGUGUUUUUUCUAGCUGAGCUUGGUCUGAUGAACUACCCCAUAGCCAUAUCAUACAGCCCAUCAAUGAUUGCUUCAGCGGCUGUUUAUGCUGCUCGACGCACACUGGAUAAGAGCCAUCUCUGGACAACAACAUUGCAGCACCAUACAGGCUAUGUUGAAGAUGAGUUGAAGGAGUGUGCAGAACUCCUUAUGAACUUGCACCGUGGAGCUGCAGAUAGCAAGCUGAAGGCUGUGUAUAGGAAAUAUACGAGCCCAGAUCGUAGUGCAGUUGCUCUGUUUCCUCCAGCUAGAAGUGUCAGCCCAGAUCGCAGUGUAGAAGUAUGAUCAUAAUGGUUGGGUUUUCCUUCUUCUAUUCUUUUGUGUAGGAGAUCAUUUUGCUGUUAAUGAUCUCAUCUUGUUGUUAGCUGCUAUAUGGCUCUCUGUGUAUUAUUAGAGCUGUGAUGCUUAAUUACUCUAUUAAAUCCUUUUGCAUUCUUACUCUAUUAAUUCCUCUCAGGGUUUCACCUAAUAUAUAUCUUUUGAUGUGU